UGUUGGAGUUGUCCUUAUCAUUCUUUGCCAAACUCCAGCAAGGAUGCCCCGUUCAAAUUCUUUCUCCACCAAUAUGCGGAUCAGGUUCCCUGUUCUUGCCAUUCUUUUACAAGUGAUCAUUAUUAUUUUAUUUGGAAUAUUUGUGAGAUAUCAACCAGCGGACAGACGGAGUGAGCCAAUCAAUAUAGGAUUGUAUCCAAUCUUUCAGGAUGUUCAUGUGAUGAUAUUUAUUGGGUUUGGUUUCCUGAUGACCUUCCUGAAAAAAUAUGGCUUCAGCAGUGUUGGCAUCAACUUGCUCAUUGCUGCCUUGGGCCUUCAGUGGGGCAUCCUCUUACAAGGAUUUUGGCACAUGGUAUCGAAUAGUGUCAAUAAUACCAUUGAAAGUAUGAUAAAUGCAGACUUCAGCACAGCAGCUGUCCUGAUCUCAUUUGGAGCCAUCCUGGGGAAAACAAGUCCAGUUCAGAUGCUGAUUUUAACAAUGUUUGAAAUUACUAUAUUUGUAUGCAAUGAGCAUCUUGUGGUGAACGUGCUACAGGCCACAGAUACAGGAGCAUCCAUGACUAUACAUGCUUUUGGAGCUUAUUUUGGGUUGGCUGUAGCCAGAAUGCUCUACCGGCCGGGCUUGAAAAAUGGACAUCCUAAAGAAGGUUCUGUUUACCAUUCAGACCUAUUUGCUAUGAUUGGUACUCUUUUCCUUUGGCUUUUUUGGCCCAGUUUUAACUCAGCCAUUGCAAAAUCAGCAGAGGAGCAACAGAGGGCAAUCAUGAACACAUACUUCUCUUUAGCAGCAUGCACCGUCACCACAUUUGCUUUCUCUAUUCUGGUUGAACACCGAGGCAAAUUGGACAUGGUACACAUUCAAAAUGCCACCUUGGCAGGUGGUGUUGCUGUGGGUUCAUGUGCUGACUUGGACAUCUUGCCUGUUGGGGCUUUAUUAAUUGGUAGCAUAGCAGGAAUCAUCUCAGUUCUUGGAUAUAAGUAUUUAUCUCCAUUGCUGGCCUCGAAGCUGAAAAUUCAAGACACCUGUGGUGUCCAUAAUCUACAUGGUUUACCUGGGCUAUUGGGAGGGAUUGCAAGUAUCAUUGCAGCUGCUGUGCAGGUUGACAAUGUAUCGGUCGGGAUGCAAGCUGCUGCUCUAGGCUGCUCUGUUGCAAUUGCUAUGGUAGGAGGAGCAUUUACAGGAUUAAUAGUCAGCUUGCCUUUCCUGGGACAGCCACCUGAUCAGAACUGCUAUGAUGACUCUGUAUAUUGGGAGAUUCCCAUUCAAGGAGGAGCACCUCUGGGAAGCAAUACAGAUUAUGAAGAGGAUCCCAGCAAACUCACUGUAGAAGCAUAGAAAGAAUUAUAUAGGUGCAUUUUUUCCCAUAUGAAGUUUUCAAUGUCUGAUAAAAUAUCCAUCACAUAUGUUAUUUUUUCUUUCUAUUUUUAUUAUGUUGCUGAAAAAUAAAGCCAGAAAAUAGCCUUUUAUGG